AUGAGGCUUCUCUUCUGGUUCCUUCUGGCCGUGGUCUUGAGCAUGGAGCUAGCUGUAACACAGGGCAUGCGGUGCCACCUGUGCAAGGGCUUUGGAGGCUGUUCCAAACCGUCCGACUGCCCAAGGAGCUCCACCCACUGUAUCAUCAUUGGCACCCGAUCUCCCAUCAGCUUUACAGACCUGCCUCUGGUGACGAAGAUGUGCUACAAUGGCUGCCCUGAGGUCUCCAAACUGGGCUUAGGCCCUCAUGUGUCCCUCGUUUGCUGCCAGUCCAAUCUCUGCAACAAGGACUAA